CUGAACUGAAUGGCAGCUGCGGGCCGUCAUCUUCACCCUCACUCAUGGCCGACGGCGACGGUGACGGCGGCGGAGAGGGCGGCGGGAGUGCCGAGUGGCAGCCCAUCUACGACCGGGUCCAGGCGCAGGCCGAGGCUCUCGCCGCCGACCGCGCGCGGCUGGAGGCGGCCAGCAAGGUCCAGCGCGAGUCGUGGGAGGCGGCGCGGAGGCUUCAGCGGAGCGUGGAGGAGCUGCAAGCGGCGGCGCGGGAGAAGGACGCCGAGGUCGGCAGGUUGCGAGCAGAAGCCGCCGACGCUACCAAGAAGCUGCAGGAAGUGCGCGAGGCGGAUGCGGGCAGGAGGAUGAGGUGGGAGGCGGCCUACGUGGAUCUGAUUCUCGGUGCUAACCAGAAGCUCGCCGAACUCAGAGAUGUCGACAUGGAGGAUUCCAGAAUUUGUGCAGAAACCCCCAACUCUAAGGCAAGACUCAGUCAGAACACUGUGGAUCAGGCAUGUGUUGCAAGUGAUUUAAGCACGGAGCUAAGAAAACUAAAGCAAGCUUACGAGACUCUGAGCUCAAAGAAGGACCAGGAAGUUUCUGCAUUAUUCUCAGAAAAAGAACUUGCACGUAACCAGUUGGUUGUAAUGCAAAAAGCCUAUGAUGCGCUUCUUAGGAACAAGAACGGGGAGGCAGCACAAACUACUGAAGCAGCUCAGAAGCUUCAGCGGAGUGUAGAUGAUCUUAAAGUGUCGGCCCAAAAGAAGGACGAGGAGAUUAGCAGAUUGCGAGCAGAAGCUGUUGCUGCCGAAAAGAAGCUACUGAUAGCUCAAAAGCUUCAGCAGAGUGUGGAUGAUCUUAAGGCGGCGGCCCGAAAGAAGGAUGAUGAGAUUGACAGAUUGCGAGCAGAAGCUGUUGCUGCAGAAAAGAAGCUACGGGAAAUGCAAUCCUUGGUCCAGGAGAAAGAUGAUGAAAUCCAAACAAUUAAUGAUGGGCAAGAUGAAACUAAUCAGAAGCGCAGGCGUGUCUCCUCGACUUCAAAUGAUGAUGAGCAGAGUGAAAGUGUUGAGGAUGAUGAUGUUCAGAGUGGAAGUGAUGAGGAUGGUGACGAGCAGAGUGAAAGUGAUGAGCAGAGUAGAAGCGAUGACAAUUGUGAUGAGCAGAGUAGAAGUGAUGAUGAUGAUUUGCAGAGUAGAAGCAAUAAUCAAGUUCAAAAGCCUCUCUUGAAGCCCAAGAGAAAGAGAGAUGCUUGUAAUGCCCAGGUCGCCAACAGCAAUAAUCAAAGUAAAAUUUGUCAAUCGAUCCCAAGAAAGCACUACUUGAAUAGGAUGGCUCCAAAGCCGCUGCGCUCACGAAAGCUGUGUAUUGUCAAUGGCAAGCGUUGUCUGGAGGGUACCGGCCACUGGGGCAAUUACGUCAGGCUUGUGAACGACAGCUUGGCAGACCAACCUGACAAGCACAAGGAGUUUGUCAAUUUCUUGCGCAUUUUCAGGACCUAUAGAAUUCGUUAUUCGGCCAGUGCCAUGGAAAAGGCAUUAGAAGGACACCCCCAGCUGAUCCGCCAGUUUAACCAGUUCUUGCCUAACAAUUGUCAGAUCACGGUCAAGGAGGAGGGGGGCAGCACCCCAAUGAGCAGCCGUGAAAAUAUCAGUGCCGUGGCUGGGCUCGUGAAGCUGAAGGAGGGUGGCAGCCCAAGGGUCUGAUCCUCUUUAAUUAGGAGGAACAAGUCAUCUGACGAUCGUUGGUUGCCACUUCUUGUAGAUGGAUGUUUAUGCUAUGCCAUGCCUGUUCUUGCUCUGUCUAGACAUAGAUGGUAGCUGCUGGAUGAACUACCAGAACAUCCGAUGCAAGCGGCGCCAUGCAUGAACUACGUAUAUUCUUUUUUUUUUGUUAGUUAGCAUGGCUCCUCCACUGAUUUUGCUGAAGGGGUUCAUUGUUCUCGAGUUUACUAAAUUGGAUUAUAGGGUCUGGCGAGGUUUGUCAGCAGAUCCAGUUUGUUCCUGUGUUGUGUUUCCCACUAUAGUUUGUUUGUGCAUUUAGCCGAGAGCA